CAAACAUCAACAACCCCGACGUCAACACCUCACUCCCUCUCCAAAACAACCACAAUCCCCUACCCCCAACUCCCACGACUACAACAAGCUGCAACGACAAAAAUGUCAACCCUCGAAUCCCUCCCGCCAGAAAUCCUCUUCAACAUACUAUCCCACCUCAGCCCCUUCAACUCACGACCCCUCCGCGGCCUCCACAACCACCCACUCGAACUGCUCGCGCAAACCUCCCACCGCCUCUCCCACAUCACAGAAGACUACGCGCGGCACCUCCUCCUCGUGCACGCGAAGAAGACGCCCAGGCUGCGAGCCUCCGGGCCCAAGUACCGCGACAUAUGGUUCAGAUGGCUCCUCACGACAUGCCAGGACUGCAAGCGCAGCAGCCAGCGGCUCUCGAUAUUCGAGCCCUCGAUGACGCUCUGCAAGAACUGCGACAAGAAAGUCGGCAAAAUGGUAAUCCUCCAGCACCUCACCGAAACCGCCCUCCACGUCCUCCUCCCCCCCACCUACAACCACCAAAUCUGACACAUCGCUUCACUUUGCCAACCAACCAACAUCAACGCAGACAAUGACAGACGCAGCGACCAAACACGGCCUCUCGAAACUCGACCUCUUCACCCCGAACCCGCUGCACGCGUCCCUCCCGCCCCUCACCCACGGCACUUACAACUGCAUGGGCACGGCGGCCGUCAUGCUGCUCGAGACCGACGUGCUCGCCCG